AUGGUUGAACACCAGCAGCUGAGAUACUCCAAGACCCUGCUCAAGAAGGCGUACAAGGGCACGCGCGGACCCACUCGCCGACGCUUUGCCGCACCCCGUAUCCCGAAGACCCCCGGCGAACGCGCCACCCUCAAAGCUCAACGCUUUGCUCGCAGACAAGACCUGAACGCGGACUUGAAGGACGCUCAGAAACAAGUCAUGGAGAUGGCCAUCCAGCUACAACAGAAGUACCGCGGCCACAGCGUGGAGUGGUACUUCGAGGCUAUCUUGCAGCAAGCUCGGGCCGACGGCAAGAAACGCGCGCCAAACAACUGGAACGCGUUCUUACACGUGAAGACGCGUGAGCUAAACGACGCUCUGCCAGAGGGCGAGAGGAGGUUAACAGCCAGCGAACGAGCUGCAGAGCUCAAGGUCAUCUGGAACAAGAUCCCCGAGAGCGAACGCGCCGAGUUUGCCAAGGAGAUGGUUGAGGACCUCGAGAAAUUCCGGGAGAACAAGGACGACGCAGUCCAUAACUUCUCGCUCAUGUCAUAUCACGACGCACACUCCACGCUCAAGAGCUGUGCCGACGAGCUUAAUCGUAUGGCUGGUCGUACAGAUACGCGUGUCAUGUUAAUGGCCGUACGCAGCGACAACGAGCAUGUCCUCACCCCUUAUUUCUAUGCUUCCGACAUCUCCCUUGCCACCUAUUUCCACGCCUUAACUCGCUACACCCCUCACGAAUUCCUUGCGAAGCUGGAGUCUUGCACGAUCUCGGGACUCAUAGGCCUCAUUCACAAUGCCAAGGACGAGUUUGUGAUGUUGAAGAAGGAAGUCGUCCUCGAAAUACUCAUCAAGCUUCGCAAGGCAACUAACUACCAGUGGAAUCGUACCCCGUACCUCCACUUCGACGACGCGGUAACUUAUAAGUAUGGGGUGGUCGUCGAGAACUGGCCCCUCAAGACGUUCGCGUCCCCGUCCUCCGUCACAAACCUGCCGGAGUUGAAGGUCCUCCUCAGCGCGUGGGAGACGAAGACGACGUCCUUCCGGAAGAUGUCCGACGAGGAGUGGGCGGAAUGGCGUACGAAGCAUGAGCUCAAGAGGAUGCAGGAGAUGAAUAUGGCGAUAGAUUCUGUGCAGACCUCUGCGUCUACGCCCUCGCAGCCCGGCUCUCCCUCCCACCCUGCCGCCUCCGAAAUCGCGCCCUCCCAGUCCUCCCCUUCCGAAGUUGCGCCCUCUCAGCCCACGCCCUCGCAGGCCGCCUUCCUCCCGGUCGCCUACCCGCCCACUGCUUACCCAUCGCCCGCUGCCCAAUCACUCCCUAGCCCCUGGGGCCCCGCCUCUACCCCUGCCGCUGCCGAGUCGACGCUGCAGUUCGUCAUGAGCGACCCCAACGGCAAAGCGAUCCGGCAACCGCGCGCUAAGCCGCCUCGCAAAUCCAAGAAGAAGGCUACACCUUCCCAUGGAUCUCAGGCAGUGGGUGCAGCUACCGUGGGCGAGGCGUUGGUCCCCGCAGCCUCCCAGGGGCUUCAAACGAACACCCUGGCCGUUCCGCAAGCCGCGCACCAGGUGUACGGGCAGACCUUCGAACAUGCCCUCUCUUCCGGUGUUCGACAGGACGUCAGCUACAGCUACGACAUGCCCCUUGGUCAGCAGGACUUCAGCCAGCAUUCCCUCAGCGCUGAGCUGCUCAACGUCGGCGGCGCUUUCAACUACCCCGGUCAGCAGGGUAAUAUCUUGGGUAAUUCUUCUGGUAUGCUCGAUUUUACUAUGUCUAGUACUAAUUCCUUCAAUGUUAUUGGUAAUAAUAAUCAGUCUAUUCAAUACGAUCAUAGUUUGUAG